UACCACACAGUUGUAGUUAGUUUACCUAAAAGGGACAGGUAAGCCACGGGUGACGGUACAGGUACAGAGGACACAACAUGGGCGUGACAACAUGGCUGGUUAUCUUGGCGUGUUUCUGUGUGAUACAAGGAAGUUUGGGAUCGUUUCAGAGACGUCGCAUAUCCCCGACGAUUGCAAAGAUGUUGCGAAGACUGACCGAGAAACAGGUUAACCCAGCAUCAACUGCCUGGACCCCGUCCAUGCCAACCUCGUCCAUACCUACCUCGUACCCGACAAACUUCCCCACCGUCAAUACAACAUCGCCCAACCCGAUCAACUUCUACCAGCACUGGGUCGAUUGUCCCGUCCUGGAAAGCAUACUCGAACAGUAUUCCUGGGAUUUCCCCAGUACGAGGUUUCCAAAAGAUUCCAUGAACAUUUCCCCCGAUGAGAUGCGACCAGUGAUGGCCAGGGGGGUGUCUGCGUUUGACUAUCUGAAGAACGUGCGCGUGACUAUGGACCUGAUGAUUGAGGACACGGCCAGACUGAUCAUGGACAAGCGUGUAAACUGUACCACUGCCAUGUACCAGAGAGUAUUCGUGUACUACAUGAGGCGACGACUUGACCAGAUGAUGUCGCCACGUGACACCUCCCUUAAAAGUCGUAUCGAAGUCAUACUGAGCCAAUACUUCUCUAACAACUCCACCAUCCUCGGCUACGCCGGCCAACUACUUGGGGAAAUCCACUACGUCGUGCACGAGUCCUUUAUUCAUGACUUACAGGAAGAAGAGUUCAAAAGUCUUGGUCGGUUUUUACGGGAUUACAAAUGGAGUAUUCCAUCUUUCCUGGAGAGAUACCACCAAGACAAUUUCGCCUUCUUAAAUGACUGGGCGUCACAGAUGGUGAAUGAUUUCUUCAGCUUUGGUGCAAACUACACAGACGCAUUCCGUUGUACAACGCCGCAAGAAUUCAUUAAUAUGCACACGAGGGUUGCGAACAGGACGGUAAACAAUUACUGGCAGGCUCACAAAUCUGGACAAGCCGUUUCUUUCCUCACCCGUCGAUUCCAGGAGCUUUUUAACAUGCCUCACGCUCCAUCUCAUGUGAAGCUUGACCCCGUGUUGGUGGACGAGGUCGUUCAGAAGUUGGUGAAUGUCAUUCUUGGAUACGUUAACGACACGGUGGUGGAGCUAGCUACGUAUGAAGGAUAUUUAGCAUCAGCAACUCUGUCCCCGCCCACCUUCAUGGCCAGCAGUCUCAGUGACGUACAAUGGAACACGACAAUGAUGCUGUUUAACCGGAUGUUCCCUAACAGUCCGCUCCCUCCCACGCAGAACCCCAUUGGAACGGUAUCUCCAGGUCCCGGAAUGAGCUUUGAAGAAAUUGCGGUGUACAUUUCGAAAGACGUCGAAAACCUACACAGGAUCACGGUCCUGAUGCCAACUACCUGGGCCUCGGAUCAAGAAUACACCACGAUUCAGAAUGAACUGUAUAUAAUGAUAACCGAAAAGAAGAAGUUCCUUGAUAGCUUACCGAUAGAUAAAGAUAAUGGUUUUGUAGUCGGGAAUUAGGGGGCGCUGUCCAGUACCAAUUAUGAAGGGUGCUGUCUGGAUUUGUAAAUUGGUGUUGGAAAACGUCGUUGAAUUUCGUUGAAAUGACAUCGAUUCGUUUUUUCUAGUUACAUUUAUGCAUGAUAAAUGUUUAGUAAUUGUGACCAGAGUCGUUUUUGUUUUCGCCAUUUACAGAGUACGGGGUAACGCUUACAGCAGUGCAACGUCACCUUUUGAACAUGCCACCUUUUAUAAAAGAUGUCUGCCUGUAUAGUGUAGAGGUUUAGUCACUAACAAGUAGCUAACUGGAAAUCUGUAUUUCACACCUUUGAUACUGAAUUGUGAAGGUAAUUAAGAAUUGGUGAUGCCAAGUUAUAGUUUGUUACAAAUUUGUGCAACUUAUAGGAUACAAGUCCUAUACAUCACAUCAACUGGACUCGCGCAAGUAUUUUGUACCAUAAUGCUGAUAUUUGGCAUAAGGGUUCCCGAGGGCUUGAACCCGAGUUGAUGCAGGAUGUCGAGGAGAUGCUAUUGAAGUUCGAUUCUUCUCCUCUAUUGACUUAAACCUUGAGAUUUGGAAUAAAAACAAUUGCGCACAAG